GUCAUCCUCCCCGCUCCCCCCCAGCCUUUGCCCAUCCGACUAGUCGGCCAUUUGGUCGACAAGAUAUAGAAUAUGUUGAGGUUAGGGACGAAGAGGGCAUUCCGGACUGGUGCCCGUCGUGGCUUCCAGACAAGCGCAAAACGAUCGGCGGACGUCACACUCACAAUCGAUGGAAAGACCGUUACUGUACCACAGGGCACCGCGCUCAUCCAAGCGUGCGAAGCUGCAGGCGUAACGAUUCCUAGGUUUUGCUACCAUGAUCGGCUUGCUAUUGCAGGUAACUGUCGUAUGUGCUUGGUCGAGGUUGCACGAUCUCCCAAACCCAUUGCAUCAUGCGCGAUGCCUGCCAUGCCUGGUGCACAGGUGUUCACUAACACUCCAAUGGUCCACGAAGCGAGGGAGGGCGUAAUGGAGUUCCUGCUCUCGAACCAUCCGCUAGACUGCCCGAUCUGUGAUCAAGGUGGCGAGUGUGACCUACAGGACCAGUCAAUGCGUUACGGCUCGGAUCGAUCAAGAUUCCAUGAGAUUGUCGGCAAGCGCGCUGUAGAGAACAAAGACUUCGGUCCGCUUGUCAAAACAUCCAUGAACCGGUGUAUCCAGUGCACACGCUGUGUACGCUUCGCAAACGAGGUUGCUGGUGUCGAGGAGCUGGGCACGACCGGUCGUGGUAAUGACCUUCAAAUCGGUAUGUAUGUCGAGAAAGUGAUGGACUCCGAGCUGUCGGGGAAUAUCAUCGAUCUUUGUCCUGUUGGUGCCCUGACCGCAAAGCCAUAUGCCUUCCACGCUCGACCGUGGGAGUUGAAAGACACCGAGUCGAUCGACGUAAUGGAUGCCGUAGGGUCGAACAUUUUGGUUCAAUCUCGCGGUCCGAAAGUUAUGCGUGUCCAACCUCGGACCAACGACGAUGUUAACGAGGAGUGGAUCAACGAUAAAACGCGUUACGCAUAUGAUGGCCUCCAGUUCCAGAGGCUCAUGACCCCGCUCAUUCGGCAGGGCGACCGAUUCGUCCCUGCCUCCUGGGAGGGUGCGCUCACGACUGUGCGUGAAGGCCUUGCCAGUUCUGGUGCGAAUGGCAACGAGAUCAAGGCGAUUGCAGGUGGUCUAGCUGACACCGAGUCGAUGGUCGCGCUCAAGGACUGGAUGAACCAGCUCGGCUCUGACAACACCGCGCUCGAUUGCCCCGGUGGAUCCGAGCCCCCUGCCACUGGCGUCGAUGUCCGUGCCAACUACCUUUUCAAUGCCACUAUCCCUGGGCUCGAAGAGGCAGACGCAAUCCUGCUCGUAGGCACGAAUCCCCGACACGAGGCUGCCGUCAUGAACAGCCGCAUUCGCAAAUCUUACCUUCAUACCGGCCUUGAGGUCGGCUUCAUUGGCGAGCGGGUCGAGACCACCUACGAAUACGACUACCUCGGUGCAGAUCUCAAGGCGAUCGAAACGUUUGCAAAGGGCAAGCAGGGCUUUGCGGCUAAGUUCAAGCAGGCUAAAAAGCCCUUGAUCAUCGUUGGAUCCGCCCUGACGGAGCAUCCGGAUGGGAAGGCGGCGCUGAAAACGCUUGCUGAGUACGUACAGGAUAACAAGGCCAAGCUAUUGAAUGCCGAGUGGAACGGAUUCUGCGUUCUCCAGCGGAACGCUUCUCGCGCUGCUGCAUAUGACAUUGGGUUUGUUCCGAGUGCUGCGGCUGCCAAGACCACCCCUAAGUUUGUCUACCUCCUUUCUGCUGACGAUGUCGACCCCAAAACAAUCCCCGAGGAUGCGUUUGUGGUUUAUCAAGGGUCGCACGGCGACCUUGGCGCCCAAAUUGCCGAUGUCGUGCUGCCGGGUGCGGCCUACACCGAGAAGGGAACUACAUGGGUCAAUACGGAGGGGCGGGCGCAGAUGGGUAGGGCGGCCGUCUCCAUUCCAGGCGCGGCGCGUGAGGACUGGAAGAUUAUCCGGGCCCUAUCUGAAGUCUGCGGCGAGGCCCUACCUUACGACGACAUCGUUCAGCUGCGCGAUCGAAUGUGGGAAGUUUCGCCUACAUUGGUACGGUUCGACACUAUCGAGCGAACCUCUGUAGAGGUCGCCCAGUUCGGCCUCGCUCAGCUGGCUAGCGCGUCCACGCCAGCUAAAGCGAGUGGCAAAACAUUUGAAAAGCCGAUCAAGAACUUCUACAUGACUGAUCCGAUUUCCAGAGCGUCCGUCACCAUGGCGCAAUGCACGAGGGCGUUUGUCAAGGGUGAGGACUACGGAUUCUCAAAAGACGAGACGGCGGAGCAGGCCUCGUUUGCAUAAUUUAACCGGGGGAAUCUUGGGGAAGCAUCAUCUGCGGACUAGGUACCCUGGAUGAAGUACCUACCCUUGAAUACUCUGGUCGUGUGGGCGCGAAAGCGGACUAGGGCAAUAAGGUGUAUUGUAGAAUAUCAGAAAA